CGUCACUCUCCUAAAACCGAGCGCGCUUAUAAAGCGGGACGCACAUACGCUUUGAAAGGCACUUUUUUUUCUCCUCUGAGACGGAAAACAGUGAUUUACAGCCAAGAUGAGACUGUACCUUGCAGUUGCUGUGCUGAUGCUGGCUUUUGUGGCAUACACAGAGGCUCAGGAGGAGACCGUGGACCAGAGGCUUUCCGCGUUUGGUGACAAGCUAACUGAAUUUGGCCGGUCCAUUGCUGAUAAAGCUAAGACUACCUUCCAGGAUAUACAUAACAGCGAAUUUGGAACCAACGCUAGGAACUGGUUCAAGGACGCCUUUGAGAAGAUGAAAGCCAAGGUCGGGGAGCUUAGUCAGUAAAAAAGUGGACAGGAACCUGUCGCUAGCCUGCAACCAGCCCUCCAGCAAGAUGCUCACUCUGACCGGGGGAGGCAAAUUUUUCACAUAUCACGUUGCUCUGCACAGGCUAAAUAAUUGUUACCUCUCUGUAAAGAGUGUAAUCUUUUAUGAGAUUUUUUUUUUCAAAAAGUGCAAUAAAUAAAUCAUAAAUAUUUUUAGAUAUGAAA